CAUAUCAGUGUGGAGGAGCGGCUCAGCGGGAGCAACCUGGCAGUUAACCGGAGGGGCUGCUUGUUUGCGGGUGGGGGGGCGUUUUUUCGGUUUGUCCUGACUGUCGCUGGCGCUUAUGGAUAUCUCUACUUUAACGAAGAGACAGUGAGUCAGUAUUUGUCACAGAAUGGUAUUAAGAAAAAGACUAAAAUGGUGCCUUUUCCAGUGGGAGUGUUGAUGUUGCCGGUGCCUUGUAAAGCGAAAGUUAGCAUAGCCGAGUAGCCAAUGCUAGGCCUUCCGUUUCCUUUAGCUUGUCAGGACAGUUCAUUGUGUUUAUUGAUCUCCUCGUAGAGCAGCUGUUGAGGAAUCUUUUGUUUGCAGAUUUAUUUAUUUUUUUCCUUUGCUAACUGUGGCACACAAAGUCAGUGACAUGAAGAGGGUGAACAGCUUUCAGAGGUUCAUGAACAGACGGGCCCCUGGUAACUGCCGCUACCAGCCCACCUGCUACGAGCACGCUGCGAACUGCUACACCCACGCCCUUCUCAUUGUGCCGGCCUUCGUGGGCAUGACGUUGCUCCACCGUCUGUCGGACAACAGCUGGGAGAGGAUGACGGCCUGGGUGUACGGCUUGGGCCUGUGCGCCCUCUUCCUAAUCUCCACUGUGUUUCACAUCAUCACCUGGAAGAAGAGCCACAUGAGGUCCGUGGAGCACUGUUUCCACAUGUGCGACAGAGUGGCUAUCUAUUUCUUCAUCGCUGCCUCCUACACACCUUGGUUGAACCUGCGUGAACUGGGCCCCCUCGCGGCGCACAUGCGCUGGUUUGUGUGGCUGAUGGCUGCUGCUGGAACCAUAUAUGUCUUCAACUAUCAUGAAAAGUAUAAACUUGUCGAGCUGGCCUUCUACUUGACGAUGGGAUUCUUUCCUGCAUCGGUCGUGACGUCAAUGAGCAACACAGAGGGACUUCACGAGCUGGCCUGCGGAGGACUCAUCUACUGCCUGGGUGUGUUCUUCUUCAAGAGCGACGGCGUCAUCCCCUUCGCCCACGCCAUCUGGCACGUGUUUGUGGCCCUGGCGGCGGCCGUGCACUACUACGCCAUCUGGAAAUACCUCUACAAGGCUCCCAGCGCCGACAGCCUCCUCGACUCGUGACCCCCCCGCCCCCCUCGGCGCUCUCGAGCGGAGGCCCACCGCACACCCUCGACUGCCCACCGAAGCUGCAACGAACGCCGUAAAGUUUACGUAAAAAAACGACGACCAUGAAUUGUUUACUGUUUUCUAACGCGGAGGGGAACAGAGUUUUUUUCCAGUGUCUCCCCCGAUGAACAAAAGCUACUUUCGAAAGCUCUUUUGUAACUUUGUCAGCGAGGGAGAGAAUUUUGACCUUUUACACUUAGUAUGAAACCUCGGCACAUUCGUGAAUACAUGAGAAAUUUGAUAGCAAGCCUUUUUGUACCAAUUGAAGCGAAAAACAUUCCACACUCGGGCUCGCGUGAGCGUCGAAAACUGAAGAUCGAUUGGUCCCAAGUGGUGAUCCGAACACGAAUGAGGUGCUAAAAAGAAUCUCAUCAGUAGCUCUUACCGUUUGAUUAUUUUUUUGAUUUUUCUUUUGCUGCUACAAUAGCUGAAUUUCAGGAAACCCAAAGCCAAAGCUAUGAAGUAUCGUCCAAAUACAAGCAGCUGCGCAAGAGCUUUGCCAAAGUGAAGUAGCUUAAAUGGCAAAAAUAUGAUUCAAAUCAGUAAAUAAGUUAUCAAAGAACAAAUGGUAUUAAUGUAACCACUCGUUCGAGGCCAAUGUUCACAACCAAAUACUUUCAUGUUCAGUAGUUAUACAGAUACAAGGUGUUUAAAGUCAGUCGUUGUGCUCUGCUGGUGCAUUUUGAAUUUGGAAAUAACAUAAAAAAAAAUGCUCCUCAGGAAACCUUUCUUUCUUUAAUCCUACUUCAUCGACCCGUCUGAUCCAGACUCGCUCUCUUUCCGGCCAGUGCAUGCUUUGUUUCCAUCUCCUGUAAACACUCAGCGCCCCCUGCUGGUGUGAGAGAGAGAUGCUAAACAUUUCACAGGUGGCAGGUGAGGUGGUAUUUUUGUUUAUGAGUCAAAUGACAUGAGAAAAUCAGACAGUGUGACGAGAUGGAAAUCUCCUCUGUAUUCGUGUUGUGAGUAGUGUGUAGUAGAGCGUGUGUGUGUGUGUGUGUGCGUGUGUGUACGUGUGUGUAUGCACGACCUUUGUACUGUGGUACAGUGUUACAUUUCCACUGACGUCUCAGUGUUGGCUUUGCACCAUCAGGGUGGACAGUGUUGGUCUGAUUUUUUGUCCGUUGGAUUUUGUAAAUUUUCUUUUUUCGGUUGCUUUCCUCUUCUCGACGUACGGAGGUGAAUGAUUGCACCUUUUUUAACUGUGGCUCUUCUUGAAAUGAUUCCUUAACCACUCUGUUUUGUAAUGUUUGUAUAUUGUGUGAUUACAUGAUCCUGGCCUUUGCGGGUGGAGGGGAAAUCUUGCUUCUUGUCUGUUCCGUUGGCUGUUAAUGGUGCUGCAUAAACAUGAAUGCUCCUCCACGAUAUUUAAAAAAGAAAAAGAAAAAAAAAGAUAUAUCACCUUUCUAAUGUUACAAUAAAAAGUGAUGAUGCCCCA